UUUGCGCUCUGCAGAGACGUCUGAUGAGGAUCCGCCCUCUGAGGACCUGCCCGUCUCUGUGCUGCUGCAGAGAGCUAACUUUGGCCGGAUACAUGCUGCUGAUGAGCCCCCCCUGGUGGACGAUAUCGCCAUGGCCUUUGAAACGAGCAGAUUCUCUAAGCCCUGCAUGUCCCGAGAAUGCAUGUGGCCCAAGUCCAAGAAUGGAAAGGUGCAGGUGCCCUACUACAUCAGCAACGACUUCUCUUCCCGUGAGAAGUCCAUCAUCCAGCGCAGCCUGGACAGCUUCACCUCCUCCACCUGCAUCCAGUUCCAGCCCCGGCAGAGUGAGAGGGACUACAUUGGCAUCUACUCCAGAAAUGGGUGCUACUCCUAUGUGGGCCGUCGUGGUGGUCAGCAGGUUGUGUCCCUGAGCCGUAGGGGCUGUCUGCACCGUGGCACCAUCCAGCACGAGCUGCUCCAUGCCCUGGGCUUCAACCACGAGCAGGCGCGCAGCGACCGCGACAAAUACAUCCGAGUGAUUUGGGAGAACAUCAUCGAUGACAAGCAGUAUAACUUCAACAAGAUGAAAACUCUUAAUCAGAAUACUGCUUAUGACUACAACUCAGUAAUGCAGUACAACAGAUUUGCCUUCUCUAAGAACAGGAGGCCAACCAUGGUGCCCAUCCCCAACAAUGACAUGGAGUUUGGCCAGGCGACUGAGAUGAGCCAGAAUGAUAUCAUCAGAGUGAACAAGCUUUACAAAUGCCGUGAGUAA